GCUAAGCUACUUGCUGCCUUUAAACGACAUCUGAAGAUCCUUUGGAAACUCCUGAUUUUGAUUACUAAUUUUAGUUCUGGUGAAAUAAAGGUUUAUUUUUUUUGACUGAUUAAGUCUGCAGUAAAAAAAAGUCCUUCUUCUUAUGUUGCCCUAGCACUGCAACCACAAACCACAGUGGGCUGCUGCUUAAAUUGUGUUGCCAGCGAACAGAGAAACAUACUGAUGUGAACAUACUGAUGUGUGAAUUGCAGCUCACACUUGUUUUCUUAGAACGGCAACCACCACCAUAAAACUGAACAAUCCAAAAAUCAACUUUGUGAAGAAUUAAGAAGAAUUUUAAAGGGAAUCUUUUAGAAUUUCACCAUGGACACGACAGAGUUCAUGUUUGAUUACGUAUCUACUGACUAUGCAAACUACACGGAAUAUAACGUGACGUAUGACACGGAGGAGCCUCACGAUGUACACCACAGUUGCUUUAAAGAGAUUCCAUGCAUGUUGUUGCUGGUGGUGAAUGUGAUCAUAAUCCUGCUGGGGAUUGUGGGAAAUGGUGUGGUGAUUUGGAUAGCAGGGUUUAAGAUGAAGAAGACUGUUAAUACCACCUGGUACCUCAGCCUAGCCAUUUCCGACUUCAUAUUUUGUGCCACCUUGCCCUUCAACACCUUCUACAUAGUCACAUCUGACUGGACCUUUGGACUUUUCAUGUGUAGGUUCACCUCCUUCGUAAUGUUCCUCAACAUGUUCAGUAGCAUCUUUCUUCUUGUCAUCAUCAGUGUGGAUCGCUGCAUGGCUGUCAUGUUCCCUGUUUGGUCACAGAACCAGCGUACCAUAAGGAAGGCUUCAUUGAUAGUCCUUCUUGCAUGGAUCUUAGCAGUCUCCUUGAGUAUCCCAUCCACCAUUUUCCGUGAAGUAAAGCACCAUCUAGGCAGAACCCGGUGUCACAAUAAUUACAAUAGCCAGGACAUUCACUCAUCUGUAGCCAUCUGCCGAUUUAUUUUUGGCUUUCUUAUACCUUUUCUGGUUAUUAUUGUCUGCUACUCAGUCAUCAUCUUCAAGCUGAGAAGCAACCAGAUGGCAAAGUCCACCAAGCCGUUCAAAAUCAUGACCGCUCUCAUCGUAACUUUCUUCAUCUGCUGGCUGCCAUAUCACACAUUCGUGCUAGCUGAACUGACCCAGAGCCUCUCUAAUGAUGUUAUUGUCAUUGGGCUCAAGAUUGGAACAUCAGUCGCUUCGGCCAACAGCUUCCUCAAUCCGAUUCUUUACGUAUUCAUGGGUAAUGAUUUCAGGCAGAAGUUUAAGAACUCCAUCCUGUCUAAGAUCGAGAACGCAAUAGGAGAGGAAGGACGCACUGUGAGCCGCUACUUAUCCCGAUUUAGUUCUGUGGACGCCAGAGCAUCAACUCACAUCUGAUAUGGAUCAUGUUCUGGAGGGAAAUAUACACCUUUGACUAAUCCACUGUGAUUAAAUGCAUUUCAAUUUUAAUUUUAUAGCACUUUGUAUAUUCAUAAAUCCAGAUGAACAAGCCAGAGAGGCAAUCAAAAAACAAAACAAAAAAAAAAACACACAUGAAGACGACAUGAAGAAAAUGUCUUUGAAACAUGUAAAACAUUCGCCUCUGGAUUACACACUGGAUAAAGGGAUUAUGAAGCAUAGCUGGUUGAAAUUAUUAUGAUUUGAUAAACAGCAGGAGUUGUUUACUGUGCUAUCAAUAAAUAAAUAAAUCAGUGCACCUUUUCAGUGCAAUAAGACCUGCUAUCAGGGCUUCUACUUCAUUCAGCUUUUCCCUUCAGGGGUCGCCACAGCGAAUCAUCUCUCUCCACCUAUCCCUAUCUACUGCAUCCUCAACACUUACACCCACUAGCUUCAUAUCCUCAUUUAUUACAUCCAUAUACCUCCUCUUUGGCCUUCUAUGACCUGCUAUCAGGUAAACUGUACAAAUUCAGGAUAUUUCAG